CAGGCUGACAUCACAGCGCUGACAGUGGGACUUCAUCGGCUUCGCCUGCACACUGCACGGUGUCGUGUUGUCACACUGUCGUGGUCAAAGUCUGGGAUGGAGGACGACAGUGAAGAGGAGAGCUGCCUCAUACACCCAAGCCUGGUUCCUCUCGGCAGUGAGCUCAAGGCCAGGAUGCAGCAGCUUGUGGAAGAAAGGAUGGAAAUCAAUAUGUGGACGGCAGUGCUGAUUGGAUCUGUGACAGUGAUAUCAGUCGUUGGAGUGGUUGUGUUCCUUCUUUACAGAAGAUACAAAAUAUCAAAGGCGGAGGCUGGUGUUCCUCAUUAUCGCUUCAGGAAGAGAGACAAGGUGAUGUUCUACGGCAGAAAGAUCAUGAGAAAGGUUCAGACGCUGUCGUCUGCCCCUGCCUCUAACUCAAACCCAGCCUCUCGACAGAGAGUUAGGAAGAGGACCAAAGUCCUGUCUAUAGCUCGCAAGAUCCUGCGUAUCCGGAGGGAGCCCCCCACCCUUCAGCCCAAGGAGCCCCCUCCCUGUCUGCUGGAGGCCGACCUGACUGAGUUUGAUGUGCAGAACUCCCAUCUCCCCUCUGAGGUGCUGUACAUGUUGAAAAAUGUCAGGGUGCUGGGCCACUUUGAGAAGCCUCUCUUUCUGGAGCUGUGUCGUCACAUGGUGCUGAUUCAGCUGCACCAGGGUGAGGGACUCUUCCGUCCAGGUGACACCGAUGAUAGUAUUUACGUGGUUCAAGAUGGCCGCCUGGAGCUGUGCAUCCAUGAGAGUGAUGGCACAGAUGCUGUGGUGAAGGAAGUUUUACCAGGAGACAGUGUUCACAGUUUGCUCAGUAUCCUAGACAUUAUCACUGGCUACCCAGCACCUUACAAGACAGUGUCAGCACGUGCUGCAGCUCCCUCCACUGUCCUGCGUCUUCCAGCUGCAGCCUUCCAGUCAGUCUUCGACAAAUAUCCCGAAACUCUUGUUCGAGUCAUUCAGAUAAUCAUGGUGCGUCUUCAGAGAGUGACCUUUCUUGCCUUACACAACUACCUUGGCCUGACCACUGAGCUUUUCAAUACGGAGAGUCAAGCUAUCUCCCUUGUGUCAGUGGCGCAUGUUCUGGGUGAGACUCAUUCACAGAGAGGCCUUCGCAGGCAGCCUUCGCACUCUGAUAACCUGGGCACCGAAAAAUCGGAUUCAGAAACAACCAACUCCUCUGAUAUCUCCUCAUCAAAAUACAAGAAAUCUCGUUCCCUCUCUACCCCAGUGGCUGUUACAGGUGAAAUGUCAUUUGCCCUCAACAGAGUUUAUGAGCAGGACAGAGCUGCCAAAGAGGAGACAGCGCCUCACAGUCCUGUGAAGUCUAUUCUGAAGAAGAGUGUCACAAUGCAGCACACUCCGUCAGCUGUUUACCAAUAUAGUGAUGCUGGAGCAGGAAAUGUCCACCAGAAUAAAGUCAAUGCCAUUUUCCAAGCUGCCAAAAAGGACCUGCUGCAGGUCAUCCAAAUACAGGACCACAAUCUGCUGGAGGGGAGGGUGAAUCUUCGCCAGGUUAAAGCUGGCACAGUUGUGGCCCGUCAGGGAGACCAGGAUGUGAGUGUGGCGUUUGUCAUCUCAGGUUUGCUCCACGUUUACCAGCGUAUGAUUGACCGCAAGGAGGACACCCUGUUGUUUGUCACCCACCCGGGUGAGAUGGUGGGUCACCUGGCUGUUCUGACAGGCGAGCCCCUCAUCUUCACUGUCCGAGCUAACAGAGACUGCACCUUCCUCUCCAUAUCCAAGGCUCACUUCUACGAGAUGAUGCGCGAGGAGCCCAGGGUGGUGUUGAACGUAGCUCACACUGUGGUGAAGAGGGUGUCCCCAUUUGUCAGACAGAUUGACUUCGCCCUGGACUGGAUGGCUUUGGAGGCCGGCCGUGCUGUCUACAGGCAAGGAGACAAAUCAGACAGCACCUUCAUCGUCCUCAGUGGCCGACUGCGCUCUGUUAUUGCAAAGGAUGAUGGAAAGAAGGAGCUGGCUGGAGAGUAUGGUCGCGGUGACUUAAUAGGUGUGGUUGAGGCCCUGACACACAUGAACCGAGCCACCACAGUCCACGCUGUCAGAGACUCCGAGCUGGCCAAACUUCCUGAAGGAGCUCUGAACUCCAUCAAGAGGAGGUAUCCUCAAGUUGUCACCAGGCUGAUCCACCUGCUGGGACAGAAGAUCCUGGGCAACAUGCAGCAAGUCAAUGGACCCCUGGCUGCUCGUAGUCUGGCUCUCAACACCCCGACCAGUAAGUGGGAUGCAGGGAAUCCAGCUUCCAACCUGUCCACUGUGGCCAUCCUGCCUGUGUCUGAGGAGGUUCCUCUCACCUCCUUCACUCUGGAGCUGCAGCAUGCGCUCAGUGGCAUCGGUCCCACUCAACUCCUGACCAGUGACAUCAUCAAACAGCGACUCGGCUCUGCUGCUCUGGACAGUGUCCACGAGUACCGUCUGUCCAGUUGGCUUGGGCAGCAGGAAGACAUCCAUCGUAUAGUCCUCUACCAGUCUGACUCUGGCCUCACGCCUUGGACCCAGCGCUGCAUCCGCCAGGCUGACUGCAUCAUCAUUGUGGGACUGGGUGAGCAGGAGCCCACUGUAGGCGAGUUAGAGCGAAUGUUGGAGGGCAGUGCAGUUCGGGCCCAGAAGCAGCUGGUGUUGCUGCACAGGGAGGAUGGCCCGCAGCCCAAAGGGACGGCCGAGUGGCUCAACAUGCGGAGCUGGAUCUCCAGACACCAUCACCUGUCCUGCCCCCGCAGGGUCUUCUCCAGGCGCAGUUUACCUCAGCUGAGAGAGUUGUACCAGCGUGUGUUUGAAAAAUGUCCAGAUCGUCAUUCUGACUUCUCCCGUUUGGCCAGGAUCCUGACAGGAAACAGCAUCGCCCUUGUAUUUGGUGGAGGAGGUGCCAGGGGUUGCUCUCAGGUUGGAAUCCUACGGGCAUUGAACGAGGCAGGGAUCCCCAUCGACCUGGUGGGCGGCACCUCCAUCGGCUCUUUAAUGGGAGCUCUGUAUGCUGAGGAGAAGAGCUACAGUCGCUUGAGGGUUCGGGCUAGAGAAUGGGCUAUGGACAUGACCUCAUACUUUAAGAAGAUAUUGGAUCUUACCUACCCAGUUACUUCCAUGUUUUCUGGAGCAUCCUUUAACUCCAGUGUUAGCUCUGUCUUCAAGGACAAACAGAUCGAGGACCUGUGGCUACCGUAUUUUAACAUCACUACAGAUAUCACAGCUUCCUCCAUGAGAGUACACACUGACGGCUCGUUAUGGAGGUAUGUCAGGGCCAGUAUGUCAUUGUCUGGUUACCUGCCCCCUCUGUGUGAUCCUAAAGAUGGACAUUUACUCAUGGACGGGGGCUACAUCAACAACCUGCCUGGUGAGAAGCUCUGUUCCUGUUUCAUAUGA